GUCAUUGUGUGAUGCAGGCACUGUGGAAAUUAUAGGACCAAUUGCGUCAAACGUGGAGGAUCUGAUGCUUGUGUAUGCCACAGUUUUGGGCUCCUCUCCUUCUGAUAGAAUCAGUUUAAGACCGUCCCUCCCCUGUUUGCCCAAUUUGUCAUCACAUGAGAGCUCAAAUGCUUUGGGAGCACUGCGAUUAGGGAAGUAUACAGAGUGGUUUAACGAUGUAUUCUCAACCGAUAUUUCUCAGAAGUGUGGCAACAUCCUUAAGCUGCUAUUGGAAAAGCAUGGGUGCAAAACAAUAGAGAUUGUAAUACCUGAGCUGCAUGAGAUGCGCAUGGCUCAUCUUGUUUCAAUUGGUUCCGAAGCACUAUGCGGGUUAGCACCUGUCUGUGAGGACGGGAAUGGUGUGAAACUUACUUAUGACACUCGCACUAAUCUGGCUCUGUUCCAGUCAUUCACAGCUUCAGAGUAUGUUGCUGCCCAGCGUAUUAGACGAAGGAUAAUGUAUUACCAUACGGAGAUCUUCAAGAAGGUUGAUGUCAUAGUGACCCCAACAACUGGCAUGACAGCGCCUGUAAUACCUCGGGAAGCACUUGCAUGUGGGGAGACAAAUUUGCAGGUUACAGGUAAUCUCAUGCGAUUUAUUAUAGCAGGAAAUCUUCUUGGACUCCCGGCCAUUUCUGUCCCUGUUGGCUACGAUAAGCAAGGCCUGCCAAUAGGUUUGCAACUAAUAGGCCGGCCAUGGGGUGAAGCUACAAUUUUGCGCUUGGCUGCUGCAGUAGAGGAACUCUGUGCUGAGACUAAGAAGAAACCUAUGUCAUUUUAUGACAUUUUAAAGGGGAACUGAGAAACCUGGGUUCAAUUCGCGCUUCUCAUGGUUUAUUUGCUUUUUUUGAGCACAAAAUGAAAUAGCAUAUAUAUUGGCCAUAGGGUAAAACAGUUACAGAUUUUGUAAGUUUGUGUGCUGGUUCGACCAACACCCUGUCCACUUUAGUUACACAUAGAUAUAGAAAGGCAAAACUUAAAACUAAAA